GGCCGGGGCCGGGGCCGGGGCCGGGGCCGGGGGAGGGAGGGCAUCUCCCGCCCGCCCCGCCGGGAGAGAGCUGCGGGAGCCGCUCCGGGACGGCCGCGCCGAGCACCAUGCGGGCUGCGGGGCUGCUGCUGCCGCUGCUGCUGCUCGGUGUCAGCUCUCAGGAUGAUGCAGAUUCUGCAAACCCAGGACAAACCCUGACCACGGAAACCACAGAAACCACCACGGUGACCACAGCUGCUAGCGAGAGCACCAGUGAGAUCUCACUAACCACCACAUCACCACUUACCACGCUCCAAACCACCACCACUACCACGACUCCCCCCGCUGUGGCAGCAGCCAGCUCUACUCAAAGCACCAUCGUUACAACCAACGCGGGAACGUCACCGUCCUCCGCUGCCGUGUCACCCACCACAGUGACAGGGACCGCCCCCACAACGCUGGGGACCACAUUGUCUGCCACCACCACCCCAUCCCACACAUCUGGGCAGGACAGCUCCCCACACAGCACCACCAGCCCCACAACCACCCCUGCUGCAAACCCUGCUACUUCUAGGCAGCCCAGUAGUACCACAGCCAGCGUGGGGAGCUUGGGGACCACCGCUGCUGCAAAACCUGUUGUCACUAAUGCAACCACUACCCCAGGAGCUGUAGGAGAUGUUGGCACAUUCUCUUCCACCACAGGGCCUUCAGUAAAGCAGCCUUUGGAUCAUUUGCCUACCACCACCGUGAGCACCACAGAGCCAAGAACUGACCCUUCCCAAAGCUCCGAGGAAUGUGUUUUCCCUCCUCCACAAUGUGCCACCAAGAAGCCUUCUCCUUCUCCGAGUUCUCCAGCCCCUUCCACCAGUCCUGGAGGCACCAAGACUUCUGUUACCCCUCUGACUGGAUCCCCAUCCCUCACCACCACUCCAAUGUCACAACCUGGCAGCAAAGGCGUGGUCCCAGCAGCCACCACGACAACUCCUGGGGCAGACCAGAGUACCCACGACGUUGGAACUGCCAAACCCACCAGCACCUCCCAGAGCCCUGGCAGUGCCCAUCCUCCAGCCUCGGGGGACCAGCCAGACCAGGCAGAGGGCUGCAGUUCUGGCCAGCAGCAGCCCAACAUUUCCUCCACAAACGAGCUCAUCUGUAAUGAACAGGUUCAACAUACCGGGCCCACCAUCCAGCUGAAAGAACCCAGAACCUGUGAGGAGUGGAAGACUGCCAGCAAGAACAACUCCUUCUUUGAGAGUUUCUGCUCCACGGCCCAGCACGUGUUUGACGGCAGCAGGGACCGGUGCAGGGUGACGCUGAUGGCCUGCAAGAGCCCCUCCCGCCGCUGGGCCGUGCAGGUGGUCCUGCACCUUCCCUUGGACUCUGAAGAAGUCCUCAUGAAGCUGAAGGAGAAGAAGGAGAGGUUAGAGCAGCUUGGCAUCAUCAACAUCACCUCUGACAAGAUGGUGGAGGACAUGACCAUCAACGACGAGUUCAGCACCCCCCUGAUCAUCACCAUCAUCACCCUGGCCGGGUCCCUGCUGCUCGUCGCGGCCAUCUACGGCUGCCACCAGCGCUUCUCCCAAAAGAAGGACCAGAACAUCCACCCUGAUGUCCCCGGGUUUGAUGAUGGACAUGUGGCCCUGAUCUUUAAUCAGCGCCUGACCGAGGAGAUGCAGACCAUGGAGAACGGCUACCACGACAACCCCACGCUGGAGGUGAUGGAGACCUCCUCUGAAAUGCAGGAGAAGAAGGUGAACCUCAACGGUGAGCUGGGGGACAGCUGGAUCGUUCCUCUGGACACCCUCAUGAAGGAGGACCUGGAGGAAGAGGAGGACACGCAUUUAUAGGAUGCAGAACUUGAUCAAGAGAAAAACAACGACCCCCCCCCCCAAAAAAAAACCCCAUAAACCCUACACACAUGCAGACAGAGCUCCAAAAUAAGGCAAAGUUCCCCCCAAAAAGAAAAUCCCUGAAUGAACUAAUCAUGGCCCUUUGUGCCUCCACACGGGGUGAAGGAUGGAAGAGGAAAACACAAGAGAAGACACCUCUGGGGCACAACAACACAAGCCACUUUGGUGGCCACAUCUGGCCAAGCAUCCUCCAACCCCAAUCCACCUCCCACGCCAGACCUGACCAGCCAUGGGCAAACAGGGUAGCUUUGCUGCUGAAGAGCUGCCAGCGUCUCCUCCAAGCAUGUCCUCUCCCAUCCCACAUCUGACCAUGCCAGCCACAUCCUCCAGCUACCAAAUGACUCAAAAAUCAAGAGAAAUAAAAUAAACAGGACGGGAGAUGGAGUGCAUCUGACAGCAAAGCAGCACCUGGCAAUUACAGCUUGAUAAAUCCUCUGGCCCACGCUGUUUAGUCAUCACCCUGCCCUCCCUGACACCCAGGUAGUGAAUGAAAGAAGCUGGAACAGCCUGUUCCUUUUUAAUCCAGUUUCCAGCCUCUCCCCAGGGCUGAAACGCACAAGAACCCCACGUUGUGCCAUAGGCAAAUGGAUGCACCCGGACCCAGCGGGAUGGCAGGGAUGCAGCAGUGCCAAGUGAUGCUCAGCCCCCGUGCCAAGGGCUGAGGAACACAUCCUGAGCCCACCUGGAGACCGAGAGAGGUGCAGCAGCUUCUUGUUUUACAAGGAUGAGAUGGAGGGAGAGGAAAAGGAGGAAUUCCUUGAGUUCAUCCCUCUAAGGAAGGGUGUGGAGGGCAAGAGCGAUGCCUGGUCGUUGGCCCAGGUGUGAUGUUGGGGGUUUUGUGGUGCAGGAGCCCAGCUCUGGUGCUGCAUUUCCCUCUGGAAGGAUCACUUGCCUUCCAGGAAUUACACAGCAGCAUCUCACAGCCCUCAUCCAUCCUCCACAAGACUGUGGGACAGAUGCACCACGAUGGUUCGUGAUUUUUGAGGGCACAUUUUCCUGCGUGAGCAGAGGUAAAAGAGCAGCAGAACGUGAGCCAGGGAGCUCAGUGGCAUUCAGGUGGCCUUGGUGUUUGUUUCACCCCCUCAAGGUUUAAAAGCUCAGCCUCAAGCUCUUCUUCACAAGCCACUAAAACAACAGAGACCUGCAAAGCAACUUCCAGCUCAGCAGCGCAGCUGGGACUGAGCUUUGUCCUGCAGCUCUUGGUUUGUCACCCAGGCCUCCCUUUGCUGAAGCCUUUAAAGGGGAGAAGAAACAAAACAUGGCUGGACUGAGGCCAUUUCUGGAUUUUGACUCCCCACCACAGCUCCUGAAUGGCUCUAAAAGGCUGGGGAGAGUUUCAUGCUUUGCUCUGGUGAAGCAGCUCAGUCCUGGCAGAGGCAGGGACCAUCCUCCAGCACACGAGGACCAGAAGGUCACUUGGCUGAGUCCCUCUCCCAAAGUGAGGAUGGUGCAGAUAAGAGCCAUGCCCAAACACAGCCUUUCUCCUCUGCUUGCCACAAACCCAGGCCCAAUGGGGAGAUUUUCCUCUGGGCUCUGCCACCAAGUCAACCCAACUGGGAUCUGCUCCCAGGGCUGCCCUGGAUGAGGGGAAAAGCAGAGCCAAGCAAUGGGAAGCUUGGAGAAACCCUGGUGGAGUUGGGAGUACUCAGGAAGGAGGGGACUGGGGUGUUUUGCUCAGCCCUAGGACAGGCACUGGCAGAAGAUACAAGUGGCUCUUCCCCUUCUGUCCUGCACUGAAGGGCAGAGUCUGAAGUGUUCAAACCUUUCUAUUUUUGUAUGUAAAUAUUCCUGCUAUUCAUUAGCAAUGUAUUCUGCACACUUCACUUACCUGUGCACUGCACUAUGGGGAAGUAAUUUUGGAGGGGGGGGCGGGGAAUAACAAAUAAAAUAAAAUGAAAAAAAAAUUAAAAUCUUAAAAAAAAAAAAAAAAAGCCAGCCUGGUAGGAUAUAAAAAUUUGACGUGAAGCAGAAAAACACCUCUUGCCCAGGUAACUUUGUGCCACAGCUUUGUCCCUGCUCUGGCAGCAUCAAGUUCAGCUCUUUAACACAGCCACGAGUCUCAGAGAAGUGGCCUGAGCAUCCACAAUUGCUCUUGUGAGCACUGUGGCCUCCCAGCCCCGGGGCAGCAGGUCCCUGAGCUCACAUUUCUGUCCUUCCCAGAAAACAAACACAGUGAGAACACAGGGCAGCAGCGAUGCUGUGGCCACCGGGGCUGAGCUGCCACCAGGACACCCCUGGCAGGGCAUCUCCAGGCUUUGGCAUGUGCCUAAAGAUUCUCCCUUCCCAGCAAAGAGAUGCCAAAGUGCUUUAAUGAGUCAGGUCCAAAGACUUUCCAAGAGAAUCCUACAGAGGCUUGAGAUCAAGUAACCUUAAAUCUUUUCAAGCAGAGACCAGUGAGGAUAUUAACUGCUCAGCAAGUGCUUAUAGUGAUUUAUAUUUGAAUAGGAAUUGUACAUUUAUUUAUUUUUCCAGACACCAUAUUUUUAAACCACUAAUAUUUUAUAGUAGAUGUUCCUUCCCCUAUUUAAUAGAACUAUUUCCACAGGAAAAGAAAACAGUACUUUUGUUUUUUUUUAAUGUUGAGAACAUUCUUUUUUUGGAAAAAAAAAAUCAGGUAGGAAAUGCAGCAAUGAGCAUCUUUGGCCUUAACCCUUCCCUUUGUAGACUGUAGCCAUAAUUGUUAGACCAAAAAUAAUAAAUAAUAAUAAAAAAAAAAAGAUUUACUGAGGCAUUUCCUUCCUCCCUGCCCCUCCUCCCUUCCCUGAGCUCCUCUUCUCUCCCCCAAAACAGCUUUAACAUCCCACACAUUGUACAAAGAGAUUCCUGCUCUUACCUUUCGGUGGGAAAGCAGUUCAGAUGUCCUUGCAAGAGACUUUUCUAUUUUCAGAUUCAAGAGGAAACGUGUAAAUACUUUUAGGAGCAUUUUAUCUCCCGCUCACAGUGCCGUGACCCAGCUGAUGAGGUGGAUACUGUGACUGCUGCCUACAGAAGACACACAGAAGUCAUAAUCCAUGAGGGACUGGAGAAGGAAAACCUAAUUCCCCAGGUGGUAAUUCCCUGUUGAACCUUGCACAUAUAGCAGAGCUCUUACACACUGUGUGUAGCAGCACCUCUCACGGGGACAGGAGUCUGAUUUACACUGGAAUUUACUGAGGAACUGGAUUGUAAGAUAUUAUUCUUGCAUUUUCCUACAAAUAUAUUUUGAGAGCAUCAUGUAUUUCUGUCAAUAAACAUUCUUAUAUAAAA